GGGUGUUCCAGGAGAUGGUAAAGAACGAGUGUCACUUCAUCAAAGGCACCGAGCGGGUGAGGUAGGUGCUGAGGUACAUCCACAACCCGGAGCAGUUGGUGCACUUCGACAGUGAUGUGGGGGUCUAUGUGGGGGACACCCCGGAUGGGGAGAUCCAGGCCAGGUACUGGAACAGUGACCCAGAAAGGCUGGAGUACAAACGAGGUGAGGUGGACAGGCUCUGCCGGCACAACUACGAGGUGUCCACCCCGUUCCUGGUGAACCGCAGAGUGCCCCCCAGCGUGUCCAUCUCGCUGGUGCCGUCGAGCUCCCAGCCCG